AAGCUUAAGAACUUUUAUUUUGAAGGUUAACCACCAAGUUGCAGCAGAACCGGAUGUUACUCUUUGAGCAAUACGGUGUCUAACGUGAGUAGAAACAGCGGAGUCGGUUUUGUUGUGCUGAGAAAGUGUGUGAGCUCCAACAGCACUGAUCCAUCAGAGCGCCUCUGUGUGUCCGGAUAAAGCUGUCUGAAUUUGAAUGGACUUUGUGCUGCUCACCUUCUUCCUGAAUGUUUUACCUCUGACUCAUCUCCCGGUAGCUACAAAGCUAUCGACGCUAGCUUAGCAUUCUAGCUGGUUAGUAACACAGUUUGAAGGAGAGCAAACGGUGUUUUCUGACGGAGUUUGUUCGGAGGAAAAGUUUCUGUCGUUGUGUGAAAAUGACUAAAGUCCAAAUGCUGAGAUCGUUGGUGGAGCAGCGACUAACUGCGGCUGCUGAAGAGAUAUUUGGGCUGUUUGAAAGGACGAUAGCAGAGUACGAGGAGGAACUUUGUCGUUCAAAAGAGAAGAACGAGCGACAACAGAAACUACUGGACGCUGUUUUCAACCCUCAGCUUCGGUUACACAGAGCAGAGCUCCCACAGCAACAUGUCUGUAAGGAGGAGGAGGUUCUCUCUGACCAGGAGCUCAAAAUGCCAGUUAUAACCUCUGUGGUAUCAGAAGCAAAUAGUGACCACCAGCUCGUCUUUCACAACUCUCAUGAAGCUGAGAGCCACGAUCAGAAAGGAAGCAAGCAUGGAGACUCAGGAUCAACUACAAAUGCAGAGCCAGAACCAAAGAAGAGACAACACAAGUGCAGAAGUCACAAUAACAACGUAGACAACACUAACAUGUCAGAGAUUCUCCCUAAUACUCAAACAGAGCUCCCACAGCAACAUGUCUGUAAGGAGGAGGAGGUUCUCUCUGACCAGCCCCUCUGUAUUCAAGAGAGGAACUCCAGUCUGGACCCAGAGCCUCCACAGAUUAAAGAGGAAAAGGAGGAACUGUGCACCAGUCAGAAGGGAGAGCAGCUUGUACUGAAGCAGGAGACUGAUACCUUUAUGUUGACUCCUACUUAUGAGGAAAGUGACCACAGUGAAGGUCAGACUCUGAACUUCAAUCCUGAUGAUGACACUCUAAGUGCAGCAGAGAAAGAGUCUUUAGCCAAUAUGCCAGUUAUAACCUCUGUGGUAUCAGAAGCAAACAGUGACCACCAGCUCCUCUUUCACAACUCUCAUGAAGCUGAGAGCCACAAUCAGAAAGGGGGCAACUAUAGAGACUCAGGAUCAACUAGAAAUGCAGAGCCAGAACCAAAGAAGAGACGAUGCAAGAGCAGAAGUAACAGUAACAACGUAGACAACACUAACAUGUCAGAGAUUCACCCUACUACUCAAACAGAUGUCCAGCAGCUGUCGGUGGUGAAAGCAGAGGUUCCCCCUGAGCAGCGGGAGUGGAGCUCCAGUCUGGACCAGAAGGACCCAAAGCCCCCCCCACACAUUAAAGAGGAACAGGAGGAACUCAGGACCAGUCAGGAGGGAGAGCAGCUUCAAGGGCUGGAGGAGGCUGAUGUCAAGUUCCUGUUCACUUCUGUCCCUGUGAAGAGUGAAGAUGAUGAUAAAGAGAAAGUUCAGUCCUCACAGCUUCAUGAAAGCAAAACUGAGGAGAACAGAGAGACAGAGAGAACAGGAGCUGAUGGAGAGGACUGUGGAGGACCAGAACCAGCCAGGAACUCAGAUCCAGAUAAUCCUUUACAACCAGCUACUCAUGACAAGACUUCAGACUCCUCUGAAUCUCAGAUUGAUGCCAGCGGUGUUUUGGAGGAGACUAGGGAACCUCAGUCAGGUUUAAACUCUCUGCAAAACAAUGAAGAACCUGUAAGUGGUGUGGAAUGUAAUACUGGAAACACAUCAGUUAGCUCCUCUGAAUGUGCUGGAAGCUUUGGCCACAAGAAACCUCUGCAGAAACACUCUGGAGUCCAAACAGCAGGGAAAGGAGGGAAAACACAUUGUUGCUCACAUUGUGGUAAAGGAUUUGCACACCCUUGUACUCUGAGACAACACUUAACUGUCCACACUGGGGAGAAAUCAUUUAGUUGCUCAGUUUGUGAUAGAAAAUUUGCACUAAAGCAACAUCUGACACGACACCUGGCUUCCCACACCGGGGAGAAAUCAUUUAGUUGUUCAGUAUGUGAUAAAAGAUUUGCACAAAAGCAUUAUCUUAAUCGACACUUGGCUUCCCACACCGGGGAGAAAUCAUUCAGUUGCUCAGUUUGUGAUAAAAGAUUUGCACAAAGUAAAAAUCUGAAACGACACUUGGCUGUCCACACAAGGAAGAAACCAAUAAGUUGUUCAGUUUGUGGUAAAGGAUUCCUUCUUAAGAAGGGCUUAACGAACCACAUGAAACUUCAUUCAAAAGGGAAAAUGUUUAACUGCUCAGUUUGUAAAACAGGUUUCAGUAGCAAAAGCAAUUUGACGAGACACAUGAGAAUCCACACGGGGGAGAAACCAUUUAGUUGUUCAGUUUGUGAUAGAAGAUUCUCUCAGCUCAGUCAUGUCAAAAGUCACAAGUGUGUUGGUGAGAGCAGCAGAAAGAAAUGAAGCUGCAGAGAUGCUCGCUGAGACAACUUCUUCUCCGGCAGGAUUGUGAAGUUCGGAAAGCAAGACUUGGUUCAACACUGAUCAGCUAAAAACUGGUCAGAUUUAAGGCAGAAACAGACUCUAAACAAAGCUUUUUCAGUUCUAAUGAAGCUACACAAUCAUUGUAAUUCUCUUUCUCUUUGUCUCUAUUUUGAUUUCUAGCCAGUGUGCCUUUUUUGG